AUACAACGUGUGGAGCCUUGACCUAUAAAAUUGAGGAUAUACACCCCGGAUUUAUAUUCCUGAAAGAAUAGUCUCGAAAAAGGCAAGUUACAGCUUCUCUAGUAAACAAAUGUCAUGUACCUUUAUUUAAAUAGCUCAUUGGCAAUAUAAAUGCAAAAUUUGUAUGAAGCAGCGACUAGGUUAGUAUAUUCCACUGACUGGUGCCGAAGGGAUUUAAACUACCGUUCCUGAAGAGUCACACUUCCGAGACCGGUCCCGCCUCUAAUCUUCCCCGCCACUUAAAGGACCCCCCACCGAUCUUUCUUCGGUUUGCAAGGAAUCUCUUCACUUCAGCAAUAUCACACCAAAAUGGCUGCGAGACAAUCACCGUUCGAUCUCUCUAAAUGCGCGCGCAAGAAUAUCUUGCAAUUGCAGCCCUAUCGCUGUGCGAGAGAUGACUACAAAGAUGACGGAACGAAUGUUCUGCUCGAUGCUAACGAAAACGCCUACGGUCCCGGUCUUGCCCUGAAUUCGGAAGGCGCUCUGCAAGAAUCUACAGUCAAUGGGGGUUCGACUGGCUCCUCGAAGCCAGACAUCGACUUUUUGGGAUUGAACCGCUAUCCCGACCCACAUCAGAUUGAGCUGAAGCAACUUUUCUGCAAGCUCCGCAAUACCCGUAUUCACAGCCAAAAAGACCUGACCCCCGAGAACCUUUUCGUUGGAGUCGGCUCCGACGAAGCCAUCGAUGCUCUGUUGAGAUGUUUCUGCGUGCCAGGAAAGGACAAGAUCCUUACUUGCCCCCCUACCUAUGGCAUGUAUGGUGUUAGUGCGCAGGUCAACGACGUGGAUAUUGUGAAGGUCCCUCUGGAUGUCGAGAACGGCUUCCAACUGCAGCCGGACAAGAUUCUCGAGGCUCUAUCUGCAGAUGACUCGAUCAAGAUGGUGUACAUCUGCUCACCGGGUAACCCUACAGCCAACUUGAUCCGUAAGUCCGACAUUCAGAAGGUGCUGGAGCAUCCCACAUGGAAUGGUCUGGUCGUUGUGGAUGAGGCAUAUAUCGACUUUGCACCUGAAGGCUCCAGUCUCGCCGAGUGGGUCAACGAUUGGCCCAACCUGGUGGUUAUGCAGACUUUGAGCAAGGCUUUUGGUCUGGCCGGUAUUCGACUAGGAGUUGCGUUCACCAGCCCUGCCAUUGCCCGUCUGUUGAACAGCCUGAAGGCCCCCUAUAACAUUUCAAGCCCAACUAGUGCAAUUGCUAUGGCUGCUCUGUCGCCUAUCAACAUGGCUGUCAUGAAGAAAUACCGCGAGGAGAUCAUUGCUCAGCGUGAACGCUUACUACAGGAACUGCCUAAGAUCCCAGGAGUGGGUCGCUUCCUGGGCGGACAAGAGUCGAACUUCCUCUUGGUUGAACUCCUGGAUAAGCCUGCCAGUGAAGGCGGAAAGCCCAGCAACAAGAUUGCCUUGGCUGCGUACGAAGCUAUGGCGGAAAAACGCGGCGUGGUGGUACGUUUCCGCGGGAAGGAGCUCGGAUGCGAAGGCUGCCUGCGGGUUACAGUAGGAACAGAGGAGGAAGUCACUAGGUUCCUGCAGCAAUUGCGGGUAGUCCUGGACAGUCUUCUCAGGGGCGCGGAUGUCCAGUCGUUGAGAGGAUAAGCGCAUCAGAACUCGAACCAGUCAUGUCAUUUUCUUUUCUCAAGAUUAAUUACUUUUCAGGAUAGACUUUCUUAGCCUUUUAGAACGGAGAUUUCGUCUUAAUAUUAAAGAGCGUUAGUAUUUUCCUUAUCGUCCUUUUCCGACCGGGAGAGACAGGCAAAUACGUAAGAGGCUUGAAUGGAACCACCACCGGAAGGUUAUCUAUCCACGUAUACUCGGGACAGG